AUCACUAUCAAGAUUAACACAAGGCAAUGCCUGAAGGGCGAAGGGUCCUGAUAUUGAGAAUACCAUCGGAGAAACUAGCCCUCACACAACCCAUGGAUGGAGUGAAGAAACACAUUAAGAGAGUUGGCUGGAAAGCAGAUGAGAAGGAGAAGCUGCUUUUUCUUCGUGACCAGCAUCCAAAAAUGCCUAUAAAGGAAUUCCAACAGACAUUCUUCCCUGACCGUACUGCUAAGGCUGUGGGAGAGCAGAUUCGUAAAAUGAGAAAAGAAGCUGGUGAAGAUGGAGAUGAUGCAAUGACUCAGCCAAGUCGUCCACAGAAGAGGACUGCAUUUGUUUUCAGCAGCGAAAGCGAAGACGAGGACUCGAGCUCAGAUGAGAGGAUUGAGGAUAUCAACCCUUCGGGUCACCGUACUCCAAAUAAGUUCGUUAAAUUAUCACAUAAUACAGGAGCUCAGUCGCCAUCAGUUCGUCCUGAUAUAGAGCAACGAGUCCCAAUAAUCCGCCCCCAAACAAGUGAAGCCCCACAGACUUUGGGAGAAGCCACGACAGCCCCAUCUAGACCCAAGAGUACUCCUCCAGAGACUACCGCUGUGGUCCAAGAUACCAAGAGUCUAGAAUCAAGGCCAGAUUCAAGACCAGAGUCCACCGAUAAAAAUGCAAUUCUUCCAGCUUCUCAACUUGCAAAGUGCUCUGGAACCGAAAUCCAAUGUGUUUUUAACCAGGACAUGCAGCAGCUACAAGCACGGCUCGAGAAUCAAAAACAAUAUGUAUUACCGGAGGCUGUAAGUAGACAAAAAUUCGCCAGAAGAAUCACGGCUGGUUACGAAAUUCUUCAAGCAUUGUGUCACAUCGAAGAGGACUUGUCCUCCGAGACUAGUCAGUUGAGGGCACAGAAUUCAGUUCUCCAGAGAGAGUAUGAGAUGAUGAAAACUGAGAAGGACUUAGAGAUUUCACGACUCCAGGAAGAAGUCAAAUCUAUUUCACGACUCCAGGAAGAAGCAAAAUCUUUGCAGGCAGAAAGGGAUCGAUUGAUAGAUGAGAAUAUACGUCUUAGAAGAAAGGUGGAGCUGAUGAAAGACUUGGUUGACAGUUGAAGGGGCAUUCGGUGCGUGACACUUGACUGCUGAGGGUAAUAGGAGUCUUGUAAUGUGUAAUAUAUGCUGAUAGUGCCUGGGACUUAGCUUUUGUCUAAUUUUUCUCAGACGGACAGGACAUUUAGUCCCUUG